ACCAUCCCUUCUAGAUUUGAAAACUUUACUGCCAUGAAAGUGUCGGGGGAGAUGAAUGGAACCAUUUUAAAAAAUUAUACUCGUUACAAUGAAAAAAUGCAAGUGACCAUAAAAGGAAUAUACAUUGAGUAUGCUAUAUUGCUUCCACUUGUGAUCGUUAUGGACCUUUCAAAUAAUAACUUAUCUGGAAUGAUACCAGAAGAGCUGACCAACCUUUUUGGACUCGUGAGCUUAAAUUUGUCUGAAAAUCAUUUGACAGGAGAGAUCACAGAAAAGAUUGGUACAUUGCAACAGUUGGAGUCACUUGAUUUGUCAAGAAACAAUUUUUUUGGUGGAAUUCCUUCAAGCAUAAUUGAUCUUACUUUUUUGAGUUACUUGAACUUGUCAUAUAACAACCUAUCAGGAAGUAUUCCAAUAGGUAAUCAGCUUCAAACCUUCAUUGAUCCAUCUAUCUAUGUUGGUAAUCCUGAUCUUUGCGGGUUCCCAUUAAGUCAAAAGUGCAAAGAUGCCAAGACAAACCAAGGUCUAAAUGCAGUUGGAGGGGAUGAACAGAAUGAUAACACUAUGGAUGAAGAAGGAUCUGAAAUAAAGUGGCUGUAUAUGAGCAUGGGGCUAGGAUUUGCAGUAGGUUUUUGGAUUGUCUUUGGCUCACUAUUAUUCGAUAGAAAAUGGAGAGAAGCCUAUUUUCAACAUAUAGAUCAAGUAUUCAAUGUGGUUUACAUGGCCCUGGCAACAAUUUUCACCAAGUUUAAAGUACACAACAUUACAACGUGACAGUUUGUGACCUUGAAUUGUAUUUGUAAUUUUUUUCCUUUUUUUUUAGAAGUGAUUGUAGAAAUAUUCAGAAUGGAUUAUCUAUACUCAAGCUCUACUUUUACACAA